AUACUCUGUGGUCAUAAGUCAUAAGAGUUUCUUAGGAGUCACAGGCAUAAUUAUUAAGUAAUAAGAUUCAAAUUAAACUUUAAAUAGAAAUUCUUUUGAUAAGUGCUAUUGAUGUUAUUGUUAAUAUGGAUUAUUAUCAAUAAUAUUAACGGAAAAGAAUUAUAUCUGUAGUUAAAUAAAUCACAUUAAUAUUCUUAAUGGAGUGGUUAAGUUCGACUAUUCUUAAAUCGCUUUGGCGACCUACUGUAAAUAUUGUUAGAACGAGGUAUCAUGCGGACAAAACGAGACUUGUAAGACGGUAUGGAUACGAAGAAAAAAUUUGGAGUGGAGGGUUAAUGCCACGGUCAGAGGGAAGACGAUUGCCAAUGCCGGAGUACAGACCUCUUAACCCAUGGACAGAACGCCGGGCAUUAUUUGGUCAAAAUGACUACAUAGAUAUACUAGGUUCUGGUGAUUUACAUCCUGUUAAGACUUUGUAUACAUUGCCGUCAUGGAUUAAAGGAGUUAGUGGCCAUGAGUAUCAUAUUCUUCUUCGUAAGAAGAAAAUGUUUGCUCGUACUGGGACACCAGUAACGAGACCAACUAAAUGGAAGGAAUAUGAAAAACGUUUGUCUUUCUUAUAUAGAAAACUUAAUCGGAAAACAAAAACAGGCCCAUCAUCAACUUAAAAAGAUAUUUAUUCAGUGUUUUUGUAGUUAGUUAUUAAAGUUAAUAUAGUUAAAUGGCAUGUUUUUUAUUAGACAA